GAUGAGGUUGGAGCCUUGGUGUUUGAUAUUGGCUCAUUUUCGGUACGGGCUGGGUAUGCAGGAGAAGAUUGUCCAAAGGUAGAUUUUCCUACGACGAUUGGUGUGGUUCUUGAUAGAGAAGAUGGAAGCACGCAGAUGGAAACAGAUGGAGAGCCAAAUAAACCAAGAGGUCCUACUUAUUAUAUUGAUACAAAUGCACUCAGGGUACCACGAGAAAACAUGGAGGCCUUUUCACCUCUCAAAAAUGGAAUGAUUGAAGAUUGGGACAGUUUUCAGGCUAUUUUAGACCAUACCUACAAAACACACAUCAAGUCAGAAGCCAGUUUACAUCCAGUGCUGAUGUCCGAGGCUGCUUGGAAUACAAGAGCAAAACGAGAGAAGCUGACAGAGCUGAUGUUUGAGCAUUACAAUAUUCCAGCAUUCUUCCUGUGCAAAACAGCUGUUCUCACUGCAUUUGCUAACGGUCGAUCUACAGGUCUGAUUUUGGAUAGUGGGUCCACACAUACUACAGCCAUUCCAGUUCAUGAUGGAUAUGUACUUCAACAAGGUAUUGUAAAAUCUCCGCUUGCUGGCGACUUCAUUACUAUGCAAUGCAGAGAGUUAUUUCAAGAGAUGAACGUUGAUCUGAUUCCCCCAUACAUGAUUGCUUCAAAGGAAGCAGUACGGGAAGGAGCGCCAGCCAAUUGGAAGAAAAAAGAGAAACUACCUCAGGUCACUCGCUCCUGGCAUAAUUAUAUGUGCAGUUGUGUGAUUCAGGAUUUCCAGGCAUCUGUGCUUCAAGUGUCUGACUCCACCUAUGAUGAGCAGGUGGCAGCCCAGAUGCCUACAGUCCAUUAUGAGUUUCCUAACGGUUACAAUUGUGACUUUGGAGCAGAACGUUUGAAAAUUCCCGAAGGGUUAUUUGAUCCUUCGAAUGUUAAGGGCUUGUCUGGAAACACUAUGCUUGGUGUCAGCCAUGUUGUUACAACCAGUGUUGGAAUGUGUGAUAUUGACAUCAGACCAGGAUUGUAUGGGAGCGUGAUUGUAGCAGGAGGAAAUACAUUAUUACAAGGAUUUACAGACAGGCUUACAAGAGAACUCUCACAGAAAACCCCUCCGAGCAUGAGGUUAAAGUUGAUUGCAAACAACACAACAGUUGAAAGGCGGUUUAGUUCAUGGAUUGGUGGUUCUAUCCUUGCUUCUCUGGGAACCUUUCAACAGAUGUGGAUUUCCAAACAGGAAUAUGAAGAAGGAGGAAAGCAGUGUGUGGAGAGAAAGUGCCCUUAG